CAGAAUGCUGGACACGCCGAGCAGCCAGUACGACUCCUUCAUCUUCUGGAAGAUGCCGAUCCCCGCCAUCGACCUGUGCGAGCUGGAGUGCCUGGGCCUGGAGGACAUCGGCAAAAGCCCCGAGGACCGGCCGCGGGAGGCGGAGGACCCCCUGACCCAGUACAGCGCCUUCAACUUUUGGCGAGAACCCAUCGCCGCCAUCGACGCCUUCGACUUUGACUUAUUCUGAAAAAAUCCCCCAAAAAAA